AUGAUCAUUUUACUUAUUAUUUUUAUUCUUCUCCUACCGGUAAAUUUUUGAAAAGAUAAUUUUUUUCUAUGAAAUCUGAAAAUUUCAGAACUUUGUCGCCGGAGAAAUCGAUAAUGCUAUAGUUGGAGAUCCAACCGUUGAUUGUGGUGAUGAUUUUUUCGAGGUAUGUGACAUUUGGUAGCAAUGUAAACAAUGAGCAAUUAGCACUCUUCCUAAAAAUUCGUCAUUUAUUUUUUUUGGGGGAAAUAAAUGUGACACUAAUUGGGCUGUAGUUUUUUUCCUCAUUGUACAAAAAAUUGAAGAUAGCAAAAAUGAGAGGGAAAAAUGUUUUGAUUAAGCGGUAAGAUCUAAAAAAGAUUUUUUUCGGAAAAAAUAACAUUUCUGUGAGAUCGUCUAGAAGGAAAUUUUUUUUCAAUUUUUUGUAAUGUUUUAUAGAAAAUAACAUGAGCAAUAUUUCAUCAUUUAUAGUUUCUAUGUGAAAAAAAUUAGAUAUAUUUUCAAUUUUCAAAGGGACUAUGGAAACAUGGAACAUAGUGAACCUCUAUCGGAAUAAUGUUUCUGUCAGCCAAAAAAAAUGAGCCAAGCUAACCUGACAUAUUUUUUUUGGAAAUGCCUUGAAAUUUGUAAGCUCGUGAAAUAACUUUUUUUAAAUUUUCAAUUUUCGGAUAAACGCGCUCGAAAUUCUCUUGAUGAAAAAUGAGCCAAUAUUUUUUUGCAUUGAGCCGAAAACAUAAAAAAUAGACUGACUUGAAUUUUUUUGGCACGCACUGUGACUGAUCCUGUGAUUUUCUUCGAAAGAAAAUUAAUUUUUUAUUUAAACUAUGCAUGCAUGUGAAAAAUUAGGAAAUUUGAGGAAAUUUUUUUGAUUAUUUUCGAAAUUUACUGGAUAUCAAAAUUUAACUAUUAAAUUCCGAUGUCUCGUAAAAAUGGGUUUUUAAAUUAAUAUUAUUUAAUUUUGAGUAACAAAAACUUUUCUUUAACAUUGUGAAUUUCAAACUCAUCCAAAAACCUCCUAAAUUUCCAGGUCAAAUUUGAAACUCGCACACAAUUUCACGGAAUAGCAUUUGUUCAAAACCAUCUCGACAAUCCAGAUUGUCGAAGUUUUGUUCAACGCGACAACAAUAACAUUGGCAAAAAUUCAAGUCUCCGGCUAUCAUUUGAUCAAUGCGCAAUCGACAAACGACUCUCGGUUAGUUGUUUCCGGUUUUCUCUCUAA